AUGCUUGAAGUUUCAUCAAAUGAGAUUAUCUUUGAAUCCAAAAAUGACAUUUAUAUUCCUUACAAUUUGAGUUUAAAAAAUGUCACAUCUUAAUACUUAGCAUAUAAAGUUAAAGAAAAACAUAUUUGAUAGAUAAAAUCCACAAAACCAGAAUUAUUUUCUGUCAAACAAAGUCGAGGAUUAAUCUCACCACAUUAAUCAGAAAUUGUAGAAUUCAGUACAACAGAUAGAGCUAAAGUACAUAAUUCAUAAGAAUAUAGGAAGAAUUUGGAUUCAAAACAUAUCGUGAAUCAAAAAUUCUAAAUUUAUGUAAUUAAUGUACAAGACAAGAAAUCUGUAAAAAACCAAUUAUAUUGUUAGAUUGCUGAAAUAGAUAAUCUUUUUCAAAAUUAAACAGGUUUUAAUAUUAGAUUAUGUACAAGUGUAUUGAAAGAAGAAUUUGGUAAAAAAAUUACAAUUUAUGGUACCAAUUUAGGUUCAAGUCAUACAUCUGUUCUUGUAUAAAUAUUAUUUUACAUUUUUAAUAGUCAAAUAGUAGAACAGAAUCUUAGACUGCUAUGUAAUCAAUGAUUUAACCAACUUCAUUAACUAAUUAAGUUUAAUGUGUUCAAAAAAUCAAAUAAAUUGAAUUGUAACUAGUAAUAUUAAUAUAUUUUACAUAAAGGCAGAAGAAAAAAGAAAGAGAGAAUAAAUCUAUAAUACAAUUGAAAUCUCUAAAUUGAAAAAAGGUUUAUUAAUUAAUUAUUAAUAGGUUCUUCCUUAUUUAAAUUUAUUUUACCAUUUAUUUUAGGUAUUGUAUUAUCCAACGUUUACUAAUUGAGUCUUAAUUAUUUUGGAUGA